AUGACCUACUCGCGAAUCAGGCUCGAGCUUACCCCGGAUAACUCUUUCGACGAUCUCGAAAGGAAAUCUGUCGUCACAAAGCCAACGUCGCACUGGCUGCGACGGCCCUUUCGCUUCAUCGCGCUCUCCCUGGCGGCAUGCUUGGCUCUUUCGGCUGCCCUGGCGCUACCCAGUCAAGAUGUACGGACACGGACGCGCGAACGAUUGUCUAUCUGGUCUGCUCAAGUAGUGGAAACGGCUCAAGGGCAGUCAGGGUGGCUCUAUCCGUCUGAUUUGCUCAGCCAUACUGGACUGCGCCAAAAUGAGUGGAGUGAUCAAUAUCGUCAGGCGGGACACCUUGGUCGGUACCUGCUGCGACGCGAGAUCCCGCUAGACCGCACAGUGUUUGUCAUCAUCGCAGACCACACGUAUGUGCCGGCUAUUCGCAACUUUGACAGCGUCCUCAGGCUGCAUGGUCAUGACGAUGCCGUCGUGACCUUGUGUCUAUCAGUCGACUGUGUCGACAAUUUAGAAGAGCAUGGCCUCAUCGGUUAUCAUGGCUAUCUGAACCAAACGGUCGCCGACAUCAAGCUGAACUCGAACAUCGAUCUUGCAAAGUCAGGCUAUAACUUUGUCUUUGCAGAUGGCGACGUCUAUCUCAACCCUGCAUUUGAUCCCCUGCAUGGAAUGCUGCCGCUCGGCAAUGACACAUGGGACCUUCAAUUCAGUUUCGAGCGAUGGGGCGACCAGCUGAACAUCGGCUGGUAUUUCGUCCGGGCAUCCAAGUACUCGGUCGCCUAUUUUGAGAGCUGUCUCCAGAGCAUGAUGAAGAAACGCGUCUGGGACCAAGCGAUAUUCAACACAGAAUAUAGACGAUUGCGCAAGGAAGCCGAAGAUACAACUGGUCUUGACUCGUUUCGCAUCAAGAUUCUCUCUUGCGAUAACAAUCUGAGCUGGAUGCAAGAGCAUUGGCAAUACACAUAUGGCAACGCAAGCCGUAUGAAUGAUCUGAUCGCCAAUGCCACGACAAUUCACUUCACAUGCGUGGAGAAGAGCGUCAAGUUGCUAUUUGCACAUAUCUGGGGUCUCUGGCAAGACAUUGAUGGCUACUAUAGCCAACCUCGACCAUUACUGCGCCUACCACUCCUCACUGGAACCAUCGACGAGCUGAGGCAGCAAUGGACAUUUGCGCGCUGGCUCGGAAAGAAGACUGGGCGACAGGUCAUAUUUCCCGAGUUUGUCAUGCUCGUCAACGGCACGCAGACUCAGCGGCGCACGGGAUACAACACCUUUUACAUCGAAAGCGAUGACCUUCUUGAUUCCGUCGUGUCGAGCAGGUACACCGAGAUCCGCAUACAACGAGGACUGCCUGUCUUGCCCGAACACAAAAUUGCGGCUACUGCUGACCUCAGAGACGCCAUAACUCGAGUCGACCCACAGAUUGUGGCAUGGUUGCCGGAUCUUUCGUUGGCCGCCGCGAAAUUUGCUUUGUCAAGCGGAACUGACAUGCUACCUCUGUGCGAGUAUGUGGCCCGCAUCAACGGAGGAGGUUGCCUCCGCGUGUGCGGCAAACCAGUGUAG